AUGUCCGGCAACAGCAAGCACCAAGUCACCAUGCCGCCGAAGACACAGCAGAAGACCAAGGAGCAGAAGAUGGCCGCCGCCAUGGCUGGUGGCAAGGGCAAGGGCAAGAAGAAAUGGUCCAAGGGCAAGGUCCGCGAGAAAGUUGCCAACAAAGUGCUGUACGACCAGGAGACGUACGAGCGUCUGCUUGUGGAGGUCCCCAAGAUGAAGCUGAUCACCGCUUCGGCCAUUGUGGAGCGCCUUAAGGUGAACGCCGCGCUUGCCCGUGCCUCGAUCCACGAGCUGGAGGAGAACGGAAGCAUCUCAAAGGUGCUGGCCCACCACUCGCAGCUCAUCUACACUCGCGCUGUCGCCGCUGAGGAGUAAGCAGUCGCUGGAAAGUAAUUGAUGCUGUCCGCCACCUUAAGCUCUGGCUGUCCGUGUUUCGCGUCUCGCCCUUGGGAUGAUGAUGCCGUUGUUUGAGCUGUAUGAUAUGCUGCUCAAUGAUGAAGACUGGAUGGACGGAGCAGGCACGCGCUCCUAGUAGUAGAGUGAGGACGUGCGUUCAUUACUCGCCUAGGCCGUCGUGGUAAUCUCGCAGCAAAAGAGCGAAAAUGUAACACGUCCCUCCCUGUUUAAAUUACUGCUUCUCUGCUCA